GUGAUAUCCAUCACGCUGGUCUACCUCUUCGUCUACGCCGCCCUUCUGAUCGGGCAAAUCCUUUCCGCCAUUGCUGCCCCCAAUGCUCACACCAAGGGCAUAUUAACCAUUACCCGAUCUUUCACUUCCACUGUGACGGCCGGGGAAACAUUUACCACUACCGCUCCUUCUCCUGUUAUUGUCACUCAAACGGUCCACGAUGCCCCGUCCUCGUCCCCGUCUUCCAAGGCCGUAGAGACGGUCCACGACGUCCCCUCUGUCCCCUCCUCAUCCCCGCAGCCGAAGCCCAAGACGCCCGUUAACUUUCACGAGGAUUACAAAACUUGGUAUAUGUGGGAGGAACCGGACAUGUGGGAACACAACGGCUACAAGGGGAAGAACAUAAAGGGCAAGAGAUCCGUCGAGAAUAAGGACUGGAGAAGAAUCCCUACGGGACUCCCUACACCCAAGCCGGAGAUAGGGAAGGGGAAGAGAGAGUUGGAAAACGUGGAGGAUGCCAAUCUUUCGACUUCGUACCGGACGCUGACGGCCACCAUCACCCCCGCCCCCGCCCCAGUCGCCCCCCCGGCCCCCGCCACCACCCAGCAACAACAACAACAACCCCAACUCCUCCCCGGCCAAAUCCGCGCCACCCGCUCCGACCUCGACGGCAUCGCCGUCGGCUCAGGCGACUGGCAAGCCAAGAACAUUGACGAGGUGCACAUGUUCGUCUGGGACGCCGAUCAUCCCGAGUAUGUGGCGAUUGGCGGGCAGUAUGCUGCGUUGGUUAGUACGCUUGUGAAGGCAGCGGCGCCGGCUCCGAGUCCGAGUGAGAGUCCGAGUCCGAGUGAGAGUCCGAGUCCGAGUCCGCAGGUUCAGGUGACAACGCAGCAACAAGAGGAAGGAGACCAGCCAGAUGGCGUAACAAGAAUCACACUCCCCGGCCAAACGACCGAGUCCAUACUCAUGACGAUGAACGUGACAACAACCAUUACGUUUCCUUCGGCCGAGGUCUCAACGAGCUUGGUUACCAUCCCCGCUGGGCAGAUUGGGAAUAGUGAGGCGACGGUUUUGUCGGUUGUGGUCCCUGCUACUACCUCGGCUGCUGAGGCUCCCGUGGCUCCUGACCCGGGGCCUGUGGUGGUGAACACUGCGGCUGCGGCUGCCGGGGCCAGUGACAGUGUGGUGACGAGCUUGCUUACCGUGUCCGCUGGACAGGUGGGGAAUAAGGAGGCGACGGUGAUGACGGUUUUGGUGCCGGUUGAGAGUGAGACUACUCCUUCCGAGGCUGUGGUCCCUGCUCCCGCUGCUUCGACUCCGGCUGCUUUGACUCCUACGACUACUUCUUUUAUUACUUUUACCCCUCCGGUUCCGGCUCCUGCGGUGAAUACCACCCCUUCCGCUACCGCUGCGGCGAGCACAUCGGUAUCGGUAUCGGAGGGCCCACAGGCACAAAAGAGUCCAAGUCCAAAGGCACAGUCGGAGAAUAAUGUGGAGUGGGAGACGGUGGUGCCGGGACAGGAGGUGGUGGUUAAUGGGCAGACGGUGGAAGUGGUGACGGUUAUGACUGGGGGGCCUUGA